AUGGAGCAACAUGAGGGUGAUGAAGAACAUGAGGUUAAGAUUGCUGCUACUUCUGCUCAUUCAUCAAAGCUACUGCAACAGCCAGCUACAUCGGCACCACAUCAGCCUACAUCAUUCCAUCUAAGGGUUCGAGCUAGGCGUGGUCAAGCUACUGAUCCACAUAGCAUAAUUGAAAGGGUUUGUUGUUUAAGAAUUGCUGAGAACUCACCAGCUUUGAAGAAGCUUAUGUUCACUAAGAGUCAUGAGCUGUGA